UGCUAUUCCGGCUCUCUGAAGUACGGCCACCUCGAUAUAUACUGGCCAUUUGGUUUCACGGAUUGCUAGCUUGCACAAAACUCGCCCUGAAAUGCGGUCACUCGUUAUUCCGUAUCUCCCAAAAAAUAUACACUCUCCUAUUCUCAGUUUAGGUCGGUGAGUGAUCACAUGACGAUCACAUGACAGUAUGACUUACAAACUACUAUCUCCUAAUCUUCAGCACAGAAACAGCCAAGACGCCCUCCUGGAUACUGUACAUGCUCGACAGUGGAGGAGGGAGUUACCAGGAGCUGGUGUAUGACGAUCAAAUCAAAUGGGUUGUGGAUACGUCCAGUGAACUAACUGCCAAAUAUGGAGACAUUCCUGCCAUUGCCUUUUUCCACAUUCCAAGCACUGGAUACCAGAAGGUCUACUCCCCUAACUUGUGUCAAGGCACUGCCAACGAUACCGUCUCUCCACAGACUCAGGCAAACAAGUUGAUAUCGACUCUGUUUGCUCAGGCCAAUGUACGCAUGACUGUGGUGGGUCAUAACCAUGGCAACAAUUGGUGCUGUCCCGUCCUAGGCUCUGAUCACAUAAUCUGCUACGCCAGACACACUGGCUAUGGGGGCUAUGGAACGUGGAUGAGGGGAUCGCGCGUGUUGAUACUCAAGGAGCAGGGACAGUACAGCACUUACGUCAGAAUGGAAGAUGGGAGGAUCAUCUGAUUCAUAUGGACUA